AUGGAUUACAUGAAAGAAAGAAAAUUACAGCCCAUGUCGCCUCCGCCUCCUAUCCCGGACAGGAGUUCGAAGCGCAUAAAUCGUAAACCUGCCAAACUGCCUCGUCCACAGAAACAAUCCCACUCACCCAUGAAGACAUAUCGCUAUAGUUCUGGGUUCACCAAUGCUCCCGAAGCAUUCCCAACCGAAAACUCCUCUACCUCUAGCCUCAGCUUCAUCGAUUCUCCUGGAACAUCCCCAACGCACACCUCGAAUGUCGAGAACCUAUUAUCAGAUGCCUUCGCACGUCCUCUCCAUCAGCGAGAGCCUAGCGGUACGACCGCGACCUCGGGACUUAAUUCCAUUUUCGAAAAUGCUUCCGCUCAAAGCCCUGAAACACCCAAUACUCCCCUGACUUCAGCUGAACAGAGGCUUGCGCUUGACCAGGCGCACCAGCCGCCUAUGGGGCCUAGGAGUGAAUGCUUCCAAUACCUUGUGGCCCCCGAACCAGAAGAAGACCAUGAGCGAUUCCCAUUUCUCAGCAAUCCCUUCAAAGGAAAAAAGGCGGCGCAAUCAAACUCGUCCCCAGAGAAAGUCCAAAAUCUGGGUCAGAAGCUAGUCGGCAAACUGAAGGGAGCCAUCGAGUACCUUCAUCACCUUGAUGAUGAGUUAGAAGAAUGGACAUGGCAGAAUUAUCGCAAACGCUUCGAAAAGAAAAAACAAGCUGAGGCGCGACGUGCGUCACUUGAACGUGCCAAGGCCAUUGAUCAUGGGCAUCGAGCACUAAUCAAAACUCAUCAAGAGAAAGAGAAGGCUAGAAAUAAGAGGGCCAAGGUACAACUGAAAGCUCAGAAUAAGGAGCUCAGAGAGUCAGCUAAGAGAAGAAAUAAAGCUGCUAAAGGAAAUGCGCGUGACACUGAGGUGGUAGAGCAAGAAGACCAACGAAUCAGUGAAGACAGACAGCGUUUGAUUGGAGGUCGACUUGCUGAGAAUAACCAAUACACCGAGACGCAGGUAACUGAGCACGAGAUAGUUGGUACUUCUAGUGAUGAUAACUUUUCGGAAAGUGAAGGGGAAUCUUUUGGAGACUGGGACGAAGACUAUACCUUCAUCCAGGGCGCAGAAGAGUAUGAUCCCAAGCACUGUGGCCGUGCAGUUGGGGAUUGA